AUGCAUUACUUCUCUUACGACCAUGAAACAUUGAUUAUACACGGGGGAUGUAGCUCAGUGGUAGAGCAUUCGACUGCAGAUCGAAAUGUCCUCGGUUCAAUCCCGAGUGUCCCGUUCCAACCGUCAUUUUUCAUAAAUCCUCUCAUGCAUUACUUCUCUUACGGCCAUGAAACAUUGAUUAUGCACAGGGGAUGUAGCUCAGUGGUAGAGCAUUCGACUGCAGAUCGAAAUGUCCUCGGUUCAAUACCGAGUGUCCCGUUCCAACCGUCAUUUUUCAUAAAUCCUCUCAUGCAUUACUUCUCUUACGGCCAUGAAACAUUGAUUAUACACGGGGGAUGUAGCUCAGUGGUAGAGCAUUCGACUGCAGAUCGAAAUGUCCUCGGUUCAAUCCCGAGUGUCCCCUUCAAACCAUCGAAAUGUCCUCGGGUCAAUCCCGAGUGUCCCCUUCCAACCGUCAUUUUCAUAAAUCCUCUCAUGCAUUACUUCUCUUACGGUCAUGAAACAUUGAUUAUACACGAGGGAUGUAGCUCAGUGGUAGAGCAUUCGACUGCAGAUCGAAAUGUCCUCGGUUCAAUCCCGAGUGUUCCCUUCCGACCGUCAUUUUUCAUAAAUCCUCUCCCUUCCAACCGUCCUCAUGGUAGAGCAUUCGACUGCAGAUCGAAAUGUCCUCAGUUCAAUCCCGAGUGUCCCUUCCAACCGUCAUUUUUUCAUAAAUCCUUCAUGCAUUACUUCUCUUACGACCAUGAAACAUUGAUUAUACACGGGGGAUGUAGCUCAGUGGUAGAGCAUUCGACUGCAGAUCGAAAUGUCCUCGGUUCAAUCCCGAGUGUCCCCUUCCAACCGUCAUUUUUCAUAAAUCCUCUCAUGCAUUACUUCUCUUACGACCAUGAAACAUUGAUUAUACACGGGGGAUGUAGCUCAGUGGUAGAGCAUUCGACUGCAGAUCGAAAUGUCCUCGGUUCAAUCCGAGUGUCCCCUUCCAACCGUCAUUUUCUUAAAUCCUCUCAUGCAUUACUUCUCUUACGACCAUGA